AUGUUCUCAAACCAGAGUAGUACGUCAUCAAAGUUCUCAAACCAGAGACGUACGUCCUACAACUCCCCAAACCAGAGAAGUACGUCCUCCAUGUUCUCAAACCAGAGUAGUACGUCAUCAAAGUCCCCAAACCAGAGAAGUACGUCCUACAACUCCCCAAACAAGAGAAGUACGUCCUCCAUGUUCUCAAACCAGAGAAGUACGUCCUCCAUAAUCUCAAACCAGAGAAGUACGUCCUUCAUGUUCUCAAACCAGAGUAGUACGUCAUCAAAGUCCUCAAACCAGAGACGUACGUCCUACAACUCCCCAAACCAGAGAAGUACGUCAUCAAAGUCCUCAAACCAGAGAAGUACGUCCUCCAUGUUCUCAAACCAGAGAAGUACGUCCUUCAUGUUCUCAAACCAGAGAAGUACGUCAUCAAAGUCCUCAAACCAGAGAAGUACGUCCUACAGCUCCCCAAACCAGAGAAGUACGUCCUCCAUGUUCUCAAACCAGAGUAGUACGUCCUACAGCUCCUCAAACCAGAGAAGUACGUUCUCCAUGUUCUCAAACCAGAGUAGUACGUCCUCCAUGUUCUCAAACCAGAGAAGUACGUCCUCCAAGUCCUCAAACCAGGGUAAAAUUUAA